UUCCAGGCCAGGCUUCCACAUUCUCUGGAACACUGCAGCAUUGAGAUCACUCAAAAGCUUUUGAAAUAGUUUAAACAAAUGAUCAUAUGUUUUAUUAGGAAUGGGGGACAUGAACACCAAAUCUACAGCUAGUAAAGCUCUGAAGGAAAGAUUUCUACUUGCUCUGGAAUGUAAUGACUAUGAGGAAGUGCAAUCAAUCCUGCAAUCGAAAAAGGUAGAUGUGGACACUGUGUUUGAAGUUCAAGACGACGAUAUGGUUCUGGCAUCCUAUAAGCAAGGUUACUGGUUGCCUGGAUACAAACUGGAUUCAUCUUUUGCAACAGGUUUGCAUAUAUGUGCAAUGUAUGGUUAUCUGGAAAGUGCCCUGGUACUGCUAGAACAUAAUGCCUCCAUCAACAGCAAACCUAAUGGGAAAACACCUUUACAUGUGGCAUGUGAGGUUUCAAACAGUGACAGCGUUGCUCUGCUUCUUAAUCACGGAGCGAAAGUCAACAGUUUUUCCUUGAGUGGACAUACUCCAUUGCAUUACUGCACUACAAAAGAAGCAACAGCUUGUGCAAAACAGCUCAUUUGGAAAGGAGCUAAUCUGGAUGUUCACAGUAAGAACAAUGAUGAGGAUACACCAUUGCAUACUGCUGCACGGUUUGGGCUCCCAGAGCUGUUGGCUUUAUAUGUUAGCAGUGGUGCAAACGUUGAUAGCAUAAACAGUCAUAUGGAGACCCCCUUGAUUACUGCGACCUUUUGGGCACUAAACCAGAAGGAACAAGUAUACAGCACAGAGCACCACCUCGUCUGCAGGAUGUUGUUGGACUAUAACGCCAAUGUCAACAUGCAGGAGGAAGACAAUAAGACAGCCCUUCACAGGGCUGCCUGGAACUGUGAUCACAUUCUCAUGCAGAUGCUGCUGGAGGCAGGGGCAGAUACUAACAUGAUGGACAUUAACGGGUGUGCUCCUAUCCAGUACACUCUCAAAGUGACCUCAGUGCGUCCAGCCAGCCUGCCUGACAUCUGUUACCAGCUGUUGUUAAACCACGGAGCAGCAAGAAUUUAUCCCCCCCAGUUCCAUAAGGUGCUGCAAUCGUGCCAUUCUUUCCCCAGGGCAAUUGAAGUAAUGAUAAAUUCAUACGAUCAUAUAAAAGCCACAAGUAAAUGGAGAACAGCUAUACCAAAAGUGGUUUUCCAGCAACACCAGGAUUUCUAUGAAUCCCUGUUUGCGGCCUGCAGUAAUACUCCACGCACUCUUGUGCACAUAUCAAGGUGUGCAGUUCGGGCAGCCUUGAGGAAUAGAUGCCAUGACAAUGUAGACAAACUGCUGCUUCCACCUUCAUUAAAAAAAUAUUUACUUCUGGAGCCUGAAGGAAGAAUCUUUUAGUUUGUGUCUUUUUACUGUUUGGAUUAGAUCACUGUAAUCCUGACCUGGGUCAAUGGACCUCAUCACAAUCAGUGCAAUGUCAGUUCCACUAAUUAUACAAUUAGAGAAAUGUGCCAGUUCACAUCCCAACUUGAAGAGAUAACGACAAAUAAAUCUAAGAACAGAGGUAGGAAAUCUAGGGCUGUUGUAUUGUCAAGGGACUGUGGAAAUAAUUAUGGGAAGAUUGUCCAAGUUUAUAAUGUCAUGUUGUUGACAUCAUGAUAAAGUGGUCAGUUAAGCUUUUAAUGAUGAAUUGUAAAUGUCAUAUACUGUACAGCUAACAUUAAAUGUCAUACAUUCUGGAAGUAUUGUGCUGUUAUUUGUGUUAAAUAUUAAAGAUUUAGGUGAUUGCAGUAUGUUUUUUUUUA